GAACACCAACAAAGCAAGCCAAGCCUCUCCAGAACGAGAACAAAGAUCGACAUCUCUUCCUUAGUCCGUCCGUCCUUCAAUCAUCCACCCCUCCCUCCUCUUCCUCUUCCUACAAUUCAGCAUGAGUCCCUCGUCCAGAGAGAUCCAUGGCUCCCGCCCCGCCCCUCUGAAGAUCCACAAGGAUUCUCACCUCAUCCACAAGGCUUCCUCCUCCUCCUCAUCUUCCUCCACCACCACCAACGCCUCCUCUCAGCAGCAGCAGCGCCACCGCCCCGUCAUCAUCUACACCCACUCGCCCAAGGUCAUCCACACGCAGGCCCACGACUUCAUGGCGCUCGUCCAGAAACUCACCGGCCUCUCCCGUUCCACCAACGACGACAUCUCGUCCUCCCUCCCACCUGCACCCCCCGCGGCCAACGCUUCGCGUCUGCACAAGGACAGCAACCGGGCUGCUGUCUCCGCUUCCGACGACUCAUCCUCCUCCUCCGAGAAUAGCAGCUUGGGGGGCGAUGUGCAUGUCACCUGCUCAUCAUUGACUUCCGUCGGUGCGAUUUCUCCGAUCGCCUUCGAACCGUUGCCGCCACCGAAUCCCUUUUUCUCAGAGAUCCCAAUGUUCACUCCUACCUCUGAGGAUUUCAUCUGCUCAUCGAUGCCAUUCUACAGAUAUCCGGAUUCGUCCAUGCUCUCGCCUUCCAUCCACAAUAUGGGCAGCGCCAUCUCGCCUCCCUACACGGAUGCGAUGAAGACGUACCACGAGUACUAACACCUUGGGUAUGCCAAUAAGGAGCGCCGAACACAUGAUAGAUGGCCAAUAAUUCUUCUCGAUCGACAUAUCUUUUCUUUUUCUGCUUUUUGUUGGUUGAUUCGUCCAGCUCAGGCAGCUGAUUAAGCUUGCCGAGUGUUGCCAAUAAGAUUCGAUUAAUUCUUUGCUACGUUAGGAGAGGAGAGGAACGAGGAAUCAGGCUCUGUUUCAUUGGA